CCCUCUUCGUUCUUCUUCAGUACUUCAGAGAGCUCCGUGGACUUGGACGUGUCGCUUGGUGACCUAGCUCGGUUUCGGAGUAAAAACAACAACAAACAACAACAAAAUUAUUUUCCUGGAAAAAUACAUGCCCAGCGUAGGCCAUAAAAGAAAAAAACAAUCAGCUCGAAAAACGGAUCGACCGACGAAUUGACCUCGUAGCGCGCGCGAGACGCCGUGUGGUGUUCGAUUCCCCGAUGCAUCCUCUCUGCGCACGAGGAACCAUGAAGCCCGAGAUAACCGCAGCCGUCGGAUUCCUGUCCAGAUUCCUGCGCGUGAAGGGACACGUAAACGACCGACAACUUCAGACGUUCAGCCAGAUACUCCAGGACAUGAUGGCAGAGCAAUACAAGCACCACUGGUUUCCUGAUCGGCCAUGUAAGGGCUCGGGCUACCGCUGCAUUCGCAUUAACCACAAGAUGGACCCGCUGGUGGGCCAGGCAGGUCAGCGCAUCGGCCUCAGCACACAGCAGCUCUACCUUCUGCUUCCCAGCGAGCUCACUCUUUGGGUCGACCCGUUUGAGGUGUCCUACCGCAUCGGUGAAGACGGCUCCAUUUGCGUUCUUUACGAAUCCCAGCCCAUCCCCAGCGCUAACGUGAACGCCAGCUCUUCCACUGGAACCAGCAGCUCCGUGUCGUCCAUGCUGGAAAGUCACAUCAGCUGCAAGGAAGAGCUGCUGGUGCUCGGUCGAACCAGCCCGGCUAAGCCCUACAUGAUGACCGUGUCCAGCUAAAGGAGCCAUGGCCUUCUUUUUUUUUUUCCUUUCCUUUUUAAAUAAUGCAAAAAAAGAGAGGAAAAAAAAUCAUGAAUGAGGAGAGAAAAAAAAAAAGCAAAGGAUGUAACCUAAUGUUCAGGUGAUAGAAACCAUCGCUCUUUCAUAAACGAAGCCAUUCGUGUCAGGAGUGUUGGUGAGGACCAAAGUUGUUUUGGUACGUAAAUGUUUCCAUGCUCUGUGCCAAUAGAUUUAUCCUUUGUUGUUUUUUUCCCCUUCCCCUUCAUGGUGUGUUUUUUUUCUUUCUUUUUUUCUUUCUUUAACUUAUAAAACAACAAAAAAAAAAACCCUGAGCUACCCAAGAUGAUCUGAAAAGCAGUCUACAUUGUAAUCAGUGUAUCUUUUUAUCAUGUUUUUAUUUCUUCAUUUCUUUUCUUUUUCUUGGGUAUGUUUUAAUGAACUGCUGUAAAUUUGUACAGUUCAUGUAAAUUGAUUGUGAGGAAGUUGUAUAGAUUUCUAUAUUUUGAAAAGAAAAGGGUUUUUUCUCCCGUCUGUAAUAAAAAGAUUUCCUAUCUUGGCA